AUGGUGCAUGGCAGAGCUUUGUCUGGAGUUAUUCUCUGGGUGGUGUUCUGCGCGACUUCAGCUGCAGUGGAUCCUGCUGCGACAAAGGUGCAUGAGCUCACUGGAAGCAACUUCGAUUCCACUGUCCGCAAUGGACACGAGAUGCCAUGGUUCGUGAAGUUCCAUGCGCCGUGGUGUGGGCAUUGCAAAAAAUUGGCCCCGGUGUGGGAAAUGCUCGCUGAGAAGCUGGAAGGUACGGUUGCAUUGGCCAAAGUGGAUGCAACCGUGGAGGAAGGCUUAGCCUACGAAUGGGAGAUCGAAGGCUAUCCUACAUUGAUCCUGGUUUCAGACGGCCACCGAUACAGGUUCCGAGGAUCGAGGACAUUGGAGAGCUUGGAAGCGUUCGCUGCUGGCGGCUACCGAGAACUUCCACAGGAGUCGCCACAGAGCGAGGCCUCAACAGGCGCUGACACGUUUGGGGGGCCAGAUGUUGUGGCACUGUCAGGUAACUUUGACUCGGUGGUAAGAGUGCCAGCCGUGACCGUGCUUAUUGUCUUCUAUCUUCGUGGCUGUGGGCAUUGCAGGGACAUGGAAGGCACCUGGGGUGCUUUGGCCAAAGAGCUGAAGGACAAGGUGCUGGUGGCGAGCGUCGAUGCUCUUGCGAACCGCCCCCUCGCAGAGCUCUGGGCAGUGGAGCGCUUCCCAACCAUCAAGCUUGUCAGAGGUGGACAGGUGUAUGAUUUCGAGGGCGCUCGGACAGUGGAGGACCUGCAGGCCUUUGCGCUUGAGGGAUUCAGCUUGCUGGAGCCCUCUCCGCUGCCGCCACUGGAAGCAGCAGCCAAGCAAGGAAAUUCUCAAGACGCGAGUCAGAUGCACUUGGUGAUUGGCUUCGUCCUUGGAAUGAUCUUUGCAGGAUGCCUCUGGGGUUUGUACCUGCGCUUCAGUCGAAGUUCAUCUGAGAUCCAGACGCAAGCCACAAAGAGCACGAAGUCCGAAUGA